CGCAAGUACACGCUAGCGCGAGGGAGCAUCUUCAGCAAGGUCUUUUCUAGGCAUAGACACCCUAGUGGGUGGCGUUCUUUCUCCCUAUAGAAUGCUGCCCUGACUACCAUGCUGGUGCAGGAAAUGCCCGGGCACAGCAGGUGCGGAAAGACCUUGCUGCCCCCACCCUGCAGGGCUCUGAAGAUGCUCCUGUGUGCUGGCGUGUACCUGUGCCAGCAGGGCAGCAUUCUCUUACCAUAUAUAUAUAUAUACAUACUAGGUAGAGUGGAUUGCAGAACAUGACAUCGAACCAAUCCCAUCUGUAAGUUUUUUAAUGGUUUACUAUCUAGUGAAAUAAGUUUGUACUUGAUUAUUAAAAAAAUUUGAGUUGGUGAUUCUGCUGAGAAAUUUAUAUCUUGUUGGAUUGUUAUUCAUUCCAACGUCUUCCUUGGAAGAACAAAUUAUGUUGAUCUCUAAUUUCAUGUCAAACUGAUACAAAUGUCAGGAUAAUUGUAUUAAGUUUCAAAGGGAGAAUAUUAUGCUGGGUGAAAUUAAACUAAUUCAGGGUUAACAAUGAAGUCAGGUUAAUUGUUUUUACAAGAGAAAAAAAAAGGGGUGGGGCUAACUGCCUUAAGUUUCAAAGGGAGAACCUUGUUUUGAUGCUGGGUGUACUUUAAAUAAUUCAGAGUAAACAAUGAGAUGCUUUUCAGAUCUUCUGACAUCAAUUGUCCUUUUUUUGUGUACAGAAGGAUGGGAGGGUACCUUCAUCCAUGGGCUGUAAGUGGCUGGUUGCAGCUGAUGUUGAAAGCUUGGCGUGGGAUCCACACACUGAGCAUUCAUUUGUGGUCAGUCUUGAAGAUGGUACAGUUCAAGGUUUUGACAUCUGGGCUGUUGUCGACCGGCUCUGCAGAUAAAAUGGUGAAACUUUGGGAUGUAUCAAACAAUGAACCUUCUUGUGUUGCUUCCCGGAAUCCUAAAGCUACAAUUUAGUCACACAUCGACUAACUGGAAGAGACCGUGAUAGUUGAUAACCUCUAGCACCUCUCUAAUGGACACAAUGCAUUUUAAAGUUGUGAGGGAUAUGCUCUAAAGCAUACAACAUUAUGGCUUGGUGUGGGAUCGAGCGGUAUGCGAUACGUUAUAGUAUAUUUUUAUUGGAAUGUAUUUUUUUAUUUAUUUACCAUAAUAGCGCAGGGAACAAAAAAAAAUGGAGGGGCAAGGGACUUUUUCAUUUGGGAUGUGGGUGAAGAGAAAGGCAGACACAAUGGUAUGUAGAAUGCUAACGUGCCUAACUUUUACCUAUUUUAUUUAUCACAAAAGGGAAAAAGAAGCUUAUACCAA